AUGGCAGCCGACAUCCCAUCCGCCAACAUUCCUGUGGCCAUUACAAAUAACUGCAUCGACACCAAGAUGCUUGCGAUUCAUACCAAGGAGGUUAAACCAGAGGUGAAACCAGCGGUGACUGAAGUAGCCAAACCCAGUGAGAAGGAAACUGAAGAGGGCCUCUUUUCAUCCUCCUAUAUCUCUCCUGAGGUUGUCUCCCUGCUCCCUGAGAACUAUACGCUCCGCCCUCUUCGCCGCUCAGACUACAAGAACGGCUUUCUUGAUGUCCUCAGCGUCCUCACGAAGGUGGGAGAGUUUACCACCGAGCUCUGGAAUGAGCGAUAUGACUGGAUGGCCAAGCGUAAUGAUGAAUAUUAUGUACUCGUCAUCUGUGACGGAACGGGUCGAGUCGUUGGUACCGGCAGUUUGAUCGUUGAAAGGAAGUUUAUCCAUUCCGCUGGAAUGGUGGGACACAUCGAAGAUAUUGCCAUUGAAAGCGGCCAGCAGGGAAAGAAGCUGGGCUUGCGUAUGAUUCAUGCUUUGGACUAUGUUGCGAAAGAAGCCGGCUGCUACAAGUCCAUCCUUGACUGUUCCGAAGCCAACGAGGGCUUCUAUUUAAAAUGUGGCUUUAAGCGUGCUGGCUUGGAAAUGGCCCAUUACUACUGA